AUGGCGAAGAAAAAAAAACAAAUACAUUUGAAUAUAAUAGAUUUUCAAAAAUACUAUCAAAAAGAUGACCUAAUAAUACAGCCAACACCAGCUGUUGAAAAUACCAUCGAAGAAAAAAAAAAAAAAAUUUUUGAUAAAAACGAAUAUGUUCAAAACAUCGAAUGGCGAACUACAGAAAGUACAGAUAAAAAAAUAAACAACAAAGUAAAUGAUGAUAAUAAUAAAUUUAAAAAUAAUCAAAAUGAUAAAAAUAAUUUAAAAAAAAGUGAUAGUACCAUAAUAUUAGGAUCUAGGGGAAAAAACAAGCUCAAUGAAAUGAAAGACGAAGACGUCGAUUUUGCCAACUUAAGAAAUAAAAAGAAGGAAGAUGACGUAGAUUUUGCCAACUUAAGAAGUAAAAAAAAAGAUGACGAUGCCGAUUUUGCUAAUUUAAGAAAUAAGAAGAAGGAAGAGGAUGUCGACUUUGGCAACCUUAGAAAUAAAAAAAAAGAUGACGAUGCUGACUUUGGCAACCUUAGAAAUAAAAAAAAAGACGACGACGUAGAUUUUGCCAACUUAAGAAACAAGAAGAAGGAAGACGAUACCGACUUUGCUAACUUAAGAAGUAAGAAGAAGGAAGAUGAUGUAGAUUUCGGAGUUUUACGAAAUAAAAAGAAAGAGGAAGAUGCAGAUUUUGCCAAUUUAAGAAAUAAAAAAAAAGAUGACGAUGCUGAUUUUGCUAAUUUAAGAAAUAAGAAGAAAGAGGAAGAUGUCGACUUUGGCAAUCUUAGAAAUAAAAAAAAAGACGACGACGCAGAUUUUGCUAACCUUAGAAAUAAGAAGAAGGAAGAGGAUGUCGAUUUUGCCAACUUAAGAAAUAAAAAGAAGGAAGAUGACGUAGAUUUUGCCAACUUAAGAAGUAAAAAAAAAGAUGACGAUGCUGAUUUUGCUAAUUUAAGAAAUAAGAAGAAAGAGGAAGAUGUCGACUUUGGCAAUCUUAGAAAUAAAAAAAAAGAUGACGAUGCGGAUUUUGCUAACCUUAGAAAUAAAAAAAAAGAUGACGAUGCGGAUUUUGCUAACUUAAGAAGCAAAAAAAAUGAUACUGAAACAAAAACUGAAAAACCAUAUCACCUAAGAAAAUUAGAAGAAUUAAGAAAACAAAAGCAAUUGAAAAGGCAAGAAACUGAGAUCUCUCAAAAUGAGAAGCUAGAAGAAAAGACCAAGGCAGACAAAAAGGAGGAAGAAAAAGAAGAAGUAAAAGAAGUUAAAAAAGAAGAAGUAAAAGAAGUUAAAAAAGAAAAAGUAAAAGAAGAUAAAAAAGAAGAAGAAAUAAAAGAAGAUAAAAAAGAAGAAGUAAAAACGGAUGACACUAUAAAAAGUGCUGAAGAAGCAAAACCCAAAGAGGGCACAAAAUUGAAAGAGGGUGAUGUAAAUCCAGCGGUUAUAGCUGAGAAAAAUGAAAUCGAUGGUAAUAAUGAAACAAAAGUGGAAGAAGGUGCAAAGAAAAAGUUUGUACCUAAAAGAGUAAUUAUGUAUCAAGAAGAGCUGAAAAAAAAAGAAGAAGAAAGAAUGAAAAAAUUGGAAGAACAAAAAAAACAAAGAGAAUUAUCUAAACAACUUAAAAGUCAAGCAAGUGAUGGAUCGAAUGUGUUCAUACCUUCUGCUAAAUUGUUACACUUAGAAAGUUUAAAAGAAGAAAAAAAAGAAACAAAAAUAGAAAUAAAGAGAGAUUCUAAAAGUGUUAUUACUCCUCCUAUAAAUAAAAAAGAUACAACCAUCUUAAACAAACAGAAAAGCACUGAAAAAAAUGUAAAAAAUAUAUUUUUAGAAAUAGCUGAAAAAACGGAAAAUGCUAAAAUUGUAGAAAAAAUGGAUAUAGAAGAAAUUGCAAAAAAAAAGAGAGAAGAAUUAUAUAAAAAACAAUUAGAAAAAAUUACUAAAAUAAAUGAAGAAAAUACUAAAUAUAAUAAUAUAUAUAAGCAUGAUAUAGACAAUAUUAAAUCGUUUUAUAAUCAAAUUAAAGAUAAAAUUAUACAAAAUCAUUUAUUUACUGAAGAUGAUGCUGCUAACAUAUGUGCUUCCCUGAAAACGGAUGAAUGUAACUAUUUGGAGAGUCAUGUUCCUUUUUAUGUGACUAUAUCUGUUUUCAUUUUAAGCCUCCCACAAAAAUUGGAAGAUGAUAUGUAUAUAAAAAGAGCUAGUCACUUGAAAAAUUUACUUUUUUAUCUAAAACAAAAUAGCAAAAUUGAAAAUCAAGAAGAUUAUAUAUUAAAUGAUAUCAUCAAAUUGUGUGAUGAAUUAAAAUACCCACACUUAUCAGAGGAAACAACAUUAUUGGAAGCAGUUUUUGAUUGCUUACUAUUUUGUGGAAUAAUUUCAAAGGAUGCAUUUAUAAAAUGGUUUACGGAUGACAAUUUAGACUCCGAAUUAAAAAGCAGAGCCAUGUUACAGCUAAUAUACUGGAAUAACUGGCUAAAAGAUGAAGUAAACGAUGUAGAAGAUGUAGAAGAUGUAGAAGAAGAACCAGAAGAACAGAUCGAAGAAAAAGUUGUUGAAGAAGAUGAUAUUGAAAAAAAUGUACCCAAGAACUUUAUUUUUAGAAAAAUUAAAAAGAAAUUUCUCUAA